GGAAUGUGCUUCAUGAUGUGCUCAUGCGUCUCACAGUUUGCUUCCGUUUCGCUGGGCCUUCCCGCCGAUCGAGUUUCCACGCCGAGCUCCUUGCGCAUCUGGCGGGUGCCCAUCAUGGCCGCCAGUCGUCCCCCUCAAUCUCGCCCGGGUCACUCGCGGGCCUGCUGAUGCGAGCGAGGAUCAGCGAGGACUGGCUGCAAACAAUGGCAUGGGUCAUGCGCUGCCGCCCUCGCCGGCUGACCCUGCUCCCCCGCCAUUCAAAUGGCCAGCGCGGCCUCUAUUGCAAAUGCCGGCCUUGCUUGUGCACAGCACUUCCCUCUUCUCCUCUCGCCCUUGAGCCCAACGCCCUCGCUGAACAACACAAUCCCUGGCAUCGAGGCCAGCGCUUGCUUCUCCUCCUCCCCCGUCUCCACAAGGCACAUCCCACCACCAUCGCACCAUCUCGCCUCCCUUGCAAAUACACAUCCUCUGCACACCCCUCAAGCACACCCCUCAAGCACGCCACACACACACGCCCGCGCCACGUGGUCUCCGCAAGUCCGCCUCCAGCGACUCCGACCUGCGCUCCCUGUCCUUCGGACAUAUCUGCGAGGGCGUCCUGGCCAGCCUGCCUCUCCUUCCAUCUGCCUGCCUCUCCUUCCAUCUGCCUCUGCCUCGCCUUCCAUCUGCUCCCGUGGCCUGCUUUUGCUCACCAAACUGAGCCAAAGCUGAACUCCCGCCCAUCCGUGAACAGCGCUUGCCAACUCUGUCGGUCCCGUCUCUGCCACUCGUCCAGCCCCGGUCGCCGCAGAUAUCCGGUUGUUUCUCUUCACU